UGGGGCGGCAGCGGAAGAGGCGUCCGCGCCGCGCGGCCGCCCGGAGAGGCCGCCGCGCGCCCGCUUCCUGUUCGGCUGGUUCCAGCCAGCUCGAGGACAAAACACGCGUGCGCGCGGCGGGCGGACGGCCGGCGCGCUCGCCGCCUCAGCCGCCGGCGCUGGGCGCAGUCCGCCUUUUUCUGGAGCGGCGCGGCCACGGUGCUAAUCGAUAGCAGCAGCUCUGCGCUGGGGGAACCGAGGGCGGAAAAAGGCGGGGUUGACGGCUCUUGGCUGGGAGUGGGCUGGACCGGACGCCAGAGACAAAAGGCUCUCAAGGCAAGAGGGACUGUGGCGUUGCUCGGGAUUCUGACCCCAGGACUUCUCGCCCCGUCGUUGUUUCUCUUCUGACGCGUCUCUCUCUUCCCAAGCCCGCGUCCCCUCACCCGCGACCUCGCUUCUCAGCAGGAGGCCCGCGAUGGAGGUCCCGCCCCGACUCUCCCAUGUGCCGCCGCCAUUGUUCCCCUCCGCUCCCGCUACUUUAGCCUCCCGCAGCCUCUCCCAUUGGCGGCCGCGGGCGCCGCGGCAGCUUGCCCCGCUCCUCCCUUCGCUCGCUCCCAGCUCCGCCCGGCAGGGGGCGCGCCGGGCCCAGCGCCACGUCACCGCCCAGCAACCCUCCCGAUUGGCGGGCGGGGCGGCUAUAAAGGGAGGGCGCAGGCGGCGCCCGGAUCUCUUCCGCCGCCAUUUUAAAUCCAGCUCCAUACAACGCUCCGCCGCCGCUGCUGCCGCGACUCGGUCUGCGCGCCAGCACCCUCCGGCCGACCACUCCGCCGCUAUGGAAGACAUGAACGAGUACAGCAACAUAGAGGAAUUCGCAGAGGGAUCCAAGAUCAACGCGAGCAAGAACCAGCAGGAUGACGGUAAAAUGUUUAUUGGAGGCUUGAGCUGGGAUACAAGCAAGAAAGAUCUGACUGAAUAUUUGUCUCGAUUUGGGGAAGUUGUGGACUGCACGAUUAAAACAGAUCCUGUUACUGGAAGAUCACGAGGAUUUGGAUUUGUGCUUUUCAAGGAUGCUGCUAGUGUUGAUAAGGUUUUGGAACUGAAAGAACACAAACUGGAUGGCAAAUUGAUAGACCCCAAACGGGCCAAAGCUUUAAAGGGGAAGGAACCCCCAAAAAAGGUUUUCGUGGGUGGAUUGAGCCCAGAUACUUCGGAGGAACAAAUUAAAGAAUAUUUUGGAGCCUUUGGAGAGAUUGAAAAUAUUGAACUUCCUAUGGAUACAAAAACAAAUGAAAGAAGAGGAUUUUGCUUUAUUACAUAUACAGACGAGGAGCCAGUAAAGAAAUUGUUAGAAAGCAGAUACCAUCAAAUUGGUUCUGGGAAGUGUGAAAUCAAAGUUGCACAACCCAAAGAGGUAUAUAGACAGCAACAGCAACAACAGAAGGGAGGAAGAGGUGCUGCAGCUGGUGGGCGAGGAGGUACUAGGGGUCGUGGCCGAGGUCAGGGCCAAAACUGGAACCAAGGAUUUAAUAACUAUUAUGAUCAAGGAUAUGGAAAUUACAAUAGUGCCUAUGGUGGUGAUCAAAACUAUAGUGGCUAUGGCGGCUAUGAUUAUACUGGGUAUAACUAUGGGAACUAUGGAUAUGGACAGGGAUAUGCAGACUACAGUGGCCAACAGAGCACUUAUGGCAAGGCAUCUCGAGGGGGUGGCAAUCACCAAAAUAAUUACCAGCCAUAUUAAAAGGGACGCUGGAGAAAACAGGUGUGUAUAAGAGUUCAAGAAACCAGUGGAAAUGUCUAAUUUAAUUUAAAGAUCAAUAGACAAAUGAAAAUGAGUAAAAACAAAAUACCAUGUAGCGUGUUUUUACUAAAUUGUUAAAUUUUUACUUGCUUUAUGAGCCUGUUUUGCCUAAAGUGUCUAUAGAUCUUUAACUUUAAAGUUUUAUCUCACUUUCUUUAGUAAUACAGAAAAACUUAAGAGUUUUUCUGUUUGCUUUGUGUACCAGGUGGUCUAGAGGAAUAAUUAAACUUUUUUAGAACUAUUAACAGGUAAAGUACUGAAAUGGGUACAACUUAAGGAAAACAAGAAUGUUGUCUUCUAACUCUGACAUUAUACCUUGUUUGUACCCGCCAGCGGGAACUUCAUUGCAGGCCGUGUGUCACCCUGACCACGUCUAUCUCUGGGGGUCGCACGUUGCGGGCAGAGCGCAAGGCAUACACCAGAAAACGCUGUCCUGUGGUAUGGUCUCUUCCAACUUCAUGUACCAGCGUAAAGAUUAAAGUGGAAAACUUCAGACUUUGGCUUCUUUUUUAAUCUUUUUGAAGAUUAAGUGUCUAAACUUAACUUAAAUGGUUUUUUACAGGAGUUAAAGUACAUAAAUGCCUUUUUACAGCUUAAUCAUUUUGGUCUUCUGUUUAGUGUUGUAUUUCAAUUGUGGAGCCUCAUUUUAAGUGUUCAUUCUUUAAGAUUUAAUGCUUGCUUUUUCUUUUUAUAGCUAAUAGUGAAAUCUACAAACCAAAACAAGAACUUUAAAAUCUGGGAUUUAAAUUAAAGAUCAUAUGCACAUAGCAAUUUGUUGCCUUGCAAUACAAGCGUGUUAGAAAUUCAUGUUGGUAAUAGAAUUUUACAUGGCUUACUAGAGACACUUCUAGUAAACCUUGCAUCUAGCACAGUUCAACCUGUGAAUUUGAAAAGAUUGUGUUCCCUGAUUUUCUAAGUAAGUUUUAACAUCAUUUGGGAACUUCAAGGUGAGAUGAUGAUGAUUACAAUUAACCCAAACUGCGUUUUGCCAAUGAAUUUGCAUGUGAUCUUUAAUUAUUGAAGAAAAGAAUAAAGUGAGAACUUAAUUCAUGAAAGUGGACCUUAGAAAGCUUGCCGGAGUUGCACAAGUCUAAUUGCCAUUUUGUUUUUGUUUUUAGGAAGAGAUUGCUAACGUAACCAUCUUGCAGGAGGACAUUGAAGAUUGGUCUUCUGUUGAUCUAAGAUGAUUAUUUUGUAAAAGACUUUCUAGUGUACAAGACACAAUUUGUGUCCAACUGUAUAUAGCCGCCAAUUAGUUUUUUUUGUUUUUACUUUGUCUUUUGCUAUCUGUGUUAUGACUCUGUGGAUUUGUGUUUAUACAAACUUUAUUUGUAUGAUUACAUGUUAAACCUCAAAUAAAUGCUUCCUUAUGUGAUUGUU